CAGGAAGUCUUCCCAUAGAAAGGAGCUGGACUGCUGCUGCCCUCACAAGCUGGUGCUCAUUCUUCAUUGAACUCCAGUCAAGUCAUUCCUAUGUCUUACAAUUCGAUUGUUUGUCCUCAUGUCUAACAAACUGGUUAUUAAGUGUGGGAACUUCGCUGUUCUACUGGAUCUUCAUGUUUUGCCUCAAGGCACCAGUAAAGACACCAGCUGGUUUUCUGUCCAAGAGAAAGAGGAAAUCUGUGUGUUAUUGAAAGAUACUAUUGAAUCAAGAGUGAGGCAGCACAUUGAAACCCACAAACAGCAGGCUCCGUUAAAGUCCAAGGAAUACACGCAGUCUAAUCCAUUGUUUUUAAAAGGAAACAGAUUACGUAUUGCAGCAUACUUCAUUAAAAGAUGGGUCAGGCUUCGUUGCGUUGUGAAACAACAGUACCGCGAACUACACGUAUUUCCAGACAGAUUUGUUGUUUGUGCAAGUCAACUUCAGACCGAAUCAAGCGUCCAGAUAAGUAACAGUACUGAAGCAGAGAGCCUGAGCAAGAAUUGUUCCAGCGGAACGUCACAUUAUUUUACUGAACGCCGAGGAAAUGAAACAAGCAGCGUAUCCUCCAUUACCCCGAAAAAGCAAGUGGCACUGAAAAACAUAAUAAAGAAGACAGACUCUAUUAAGGAUAACCAUUAUGAAGGUGAAGCCAGCACUGAUGGACAGAUUUUCCCCUGCCUCAGGAUAACAGACAAAGGGAACGAGGACAAGAAAGAUCAGACUAUGACCAAAGCGCAGUCUGAAGCUGCAUGUAGGAGUGUGGAGGAACCAACGCAUUGCAUAAUUACUACAGAGAAGAUCCUCACGCUUCCUCUUCCAGAAGUGGAAAAUCAUGUUAAUCACAGACUUCCAUGUGAAACUAGCAGCCAGCAAAAGCAAAAUCUCGUAACCAGUGUUAUGCAACAGAAAAAGAGAAGGCAUAGCUCGGAAGGGACUCCAAAUACAAGAAAAAAGGCAGAUUUAAGGAAUGACACAUUUGUUAGUCAAAAUGUGAAUAACGAUUUCAGUGAGAUACAUAAAUCUUUAGAGGACAUUUCUUUCACUUCAAAAACAGUUUGCUUUUCAAAGAUUUCAGCAAAUACUUUGACAAUAGGAAAUACAGCUGUGACCAGGAAACUAUCGGAGCAGACUCUGACUGGCAAACUACCGGAAUGGGCAGAGACUGGGACACUUCCGGGACAGACUGUGACCGGGAAACUACCGGAAUGGGCAGAAACUGAAAAACUACCGGGACAGACUGUGACCGGAAAACUACCGGGACAGACUGUGACUGGGAAACCACCAGAACAGACUGUGACCGGGAAACUACCGGAACAGACAGUCACUGUAUCAGAAGAGAUACUUACUGCUAAAUUACAGGCGCAAACUGUGGCUAGUAAAUUACUUGAGGAAAAAGUGACCCGUACAUUACUAGAGCUGAUAGCUACUGGUGAACUACUGGACCCUACUGUAACUAGUAAACCAUCAGAACAGAUAGCAACAAGUAAACCACCAGAGCAGACUGUGACCGGUAAACUACCAGGACAAACCCCAGCUGGUAAACAGUGGGAGCAGACUGUGUCUGUUAAACCACCAGAGCAGACUGUGACUGGAAGAUGUUGUAGCAUGGAGAGCAACCAACAUCCAACCAGGUCCUUGUCCUCAGAUAUCCCAACCAGACCGAAUUCUAGAAAAGAUAUUAAGAAAUGUACAGAAUUCCCGUCAAAAAAGCACAAACUUCAACGGCCUAAAAAGGGGCAAUAAUUGGGAACCAAGUCUUUAUUUUGUCUAUAAUUUGAUGCCAGGAAAACAAACUUGUUUUCCUGGCACUAUAGGGUCAUUAGGUUCCCCCCCCCCCACCCACCCACAGGGCUCCCUUGCCGCUGGGCUGAAGGGGUUAGAACCCCUUCAGCCACUUACCUUUCUCCAGCACCGGGCUCCCUCGGCGCUGGUGACCUCUCCUCCCCCUGCCAACAUCAGCCCUGC